GGCAAAAUCUGUGAAUCUCAGGGCAUCGAUUACACCUACGCCUCCGGCUGGCUCGGCAACCGCACCUUCCUCGAGAACGACAUCGCCACCAUCAAGCCGACCCACGUCUUCAACGCCGCCGGCGUCACCGACCGCCCCAACGUCGACUGGUGCGAACUGCGAAUCCCACAAGGUCGAGACCAUCAGGACCAAUGUGGUCGCCUCGUCCCUCUGACCCUUGCCGAUGUCUGCUGGGACAAGGGCCUUGUUAUGAUUAAUUACUUCAGUGGAUGUAUCUUCGAGUGCGAUGACAUGCACCCUCUCGGGUCCGGUAUUUGGUUCAAGGAAGAGGACACUCCUAACUUCACCGGAUCUUACUACUCUAAGACCAAAGCUAUGGUUAAUGUUCCGCCUCUUGAAUGA